GGUCAGGCAAGCAUGAGAAAAUUGCUAAGAUAAGGGGAUGGGAUGUCUGGCCAUUGUAGGUCUCGGUAUGGAUUGCGAGAGAGGAGACCAAGGAUAAAGAGCGCAGAUGGCGCGAAGAAGGACGUUCCGUGAGGACCGCCCAUUGGGCAUUGAGCCGCCUAGGGAUGCAGUUGGCGGGGUAGAAAUUAGCUUGCCUACCGCAAAUGAGGGUUGGCACCCGGUGGUGGAUUGGGUCGGGGAGGAGCUUAUGGGAAACAUGGUUUACUUAGUGACGAGGGUUGAAUGGCGUGCGGAUGAGAAUGGGGAGGGGAACCCGGACCCGCGGGGGCAUGUGCGGGUGGAAGGACGAGUGUAUAUGUCUGAGGAUGGGUGGCGGGAGUUUGGAGUCCAGCUGGCAUCAGGGGAGGAUCCGUUGAGAAUGCGAACCACAGAAUACAAUGCAAGACUUAUUGAACAAAUGAUGGCUGGGAAUGAAGAGGAUCCCCAGGGGGAAGGGUCGCGAGAGGGACGCAGGACCAGUCAGGGCGAAGCCAGGUACGGAGCAAAAGAUAACAGCCGUAAGGGAACACCCAACAAGAAGGGGAAGGAAAAGGGGGAGUCCCCGGCUAUAGAGGCAGAAAAGGCCACGACCCUGCCGGCUAUCAACAGCGGCGCUAAUCAUCUGCCCGCCACAUCCAAAGCAACGAAGGGAUGCGAUGGACUUUGGAGUCUCAGAGAGAGGGUGUUAGGCUGGUUUGAUUCGGAGGGAACACCGAAAACCGGGGAAAAGCAGAAGGAAGGCAGGGAAGGAGAGGGGAAUAGUGCGGUUGGUGAGGCGGGUAGCUCUGAAGGGGGACUUAAAAGGAUAGUAGCCACCCUCACCCGGGCGCUAAAUAAGAAUCAGGGGUAUCUCGCAGACACAAAGAAGAAACUCACUUUCGAUGGGGCAAACAUCACGGAAUUCCUGAUAGAUUACGAGAACCUGGCAGCCUUACUAAAAUGGACUGAGGAAGAAAAGAUGGACCACCUAGGGCAGCACGUAUCGUUGAGCUUAGGAAGGGACAUUAUGACUAUUGUCUCCUCUAGUGGAUCCAGGAAGGAAACCCGGAAUGAGAUGAUGAGAAAGUACCUGAAGGCGGAGAAAAUGGCGACAGAGGCUGAAUUGGCGGCAGUCCAAAGGAAAAAUUAUGCUACUUACAAUGACUUUCUGAGGGUGUUCACUCUAGUGGCACUGCGAAUUCCUGGGGUAACGGAUCGAAUAAUGAGCAAGUAUUUCCUUAGGCAGUUCUCCGAGUUCGACAAAGAUAAGAUUCUGUCAGCUUACCAGUAGACCAGCAAGUUCGAGUACACUAGGGAUGUGGACUUCAACACAGUAACAAACCUCGCAGAAAAGA